AUGGGCUGUCACGUGACGCGGAAGUCUCUCCUGUCAUCAGGGAAGAUGGCGGCGCCGUGUGUCGGAUGCCGGCUGGUGAUCUGUGUUGUGGUUCUGUCAUUGGGUGCCACAGCUCAGUAUACAGAGAACAAGGCUGAACACUUCUUCAAAAGUGGACACACAAACAACUGGGCGGUUUUAGUCUGUACCUCUCGAUUCUGGUUUAAUUAUCGUCAUGUAGCAAAUACACUCUCGGUUUAUAGAAGUGUGAAAAGACUUGGAAUCCCUGACAGUCAUAUCAUCCUUAUGCUUGCUGACGACAUGGCUUGUAACCCGAGGAACCCCAAACCAGCCACUGUGUUUAGCCACAAAAAUAUGGAGCUUAAUGUUUAUGGCGACAAUGUGGAAGUUGAUUACAGAGGAUAUGAGGUGACUGUAGAGAACUUUCUUAGAGUAUUGACUGGAAGAUUGCCACCCAGUACCCCAAGACUGAAAAGACUCCUUUCUGAUGACAGAAGCAAUGUUCUUAUCUACAUGACAGGUCAUGGAGGAAACGGCUUCUUAAAAUUCCAAGAUUCAGAAGAGAUCACCAACGUGGAGCUCGCAGAUGCCUUUGAACAGAUGUGGCAAAAGAGGAGGUAUAACGAAUUGUUGUUCAUAAUAGACACCUGCCAAGGAGCCUCCAUGUAUGAAAGGUUUUACUCCCCUAACAUAAUGGCUCUUGCAAGCAGCCAAGUUGGAGAGGAUUCCCUGUCUCACCAACCAGAUAUGGCGAUUGGAGUCCACCUGAUGGACAGAUACACCUUCUAUGUCUUGGAGUUCCUGGAAGAAAUUCACCCAGCUAGCCAGAACAACAUGAAUGACCUGUUCCAGGUGUGCCUAAGAGCCUGUGUGUGUCCACCCGGGCCAUGGCCGCCACUGAACCUGUUUCAGAAAGGGACCCGCAAUCUGUUCUCAUCACUGACUUCUUCGGCAGUGUCCGGAAAGUGGAAAUCACUGAGGGUGGUGUGAAACUGAAAACCCAUAUGCUGGCUGGAGACAACUGAGAAAAGGUAGUUUUCAUGAUAGAGCGUGGUG